AUGUCACAGCCAGUCGGUAUCGUCACAGGAGGGGCAUCAGGAAUCGGCCUAGCAGUCACAAAACACCUUCUAACCCGCGGCUACAAAGUCGUAAUCGCAGACGUAAAUGAUUCCGAAGGAGAACGCCUCGCCUCCAGCCUGGGCUCCAACGCGAUAUUCCAACAUACAGACGUCUCAUCCUUCGAGCAGCAGAGCGCGCUCUUCGACCGUGCCUUCAAAUGGGGCGGAAACAGACUUGAUUUCCUCGCUGCGAAUGCGGGCGUUGAUGAUCGUCAGAGCUUGUAUGAGACGGAGGAGAAGGUCGAUGAGAAAGGGCUGCCGUUGGAGCUGAACCUGAAGACUGUGAAGGUUUGUCUAGAUGCUGCGUUUCAGGGGAUUUGGCUUUUCAAGUGGUAUGCGAGGAGGAAUAAAGUUCCUGGUGGGAAGGUGGUGAUUACUGCGAGCGCGGCUGGGCUUUAUCCGAUGACCACCAAUCCGCAAUAUGCGGCAGCAAAGCACGGCCUAGUCGGCCUCACAAGAUCUUGCGGCCCAGUGUUCUUGAAAGAGAACAUCACCGUUAAUUGCAUCUGUCCCGCGUUCGUGGUCACGGGUCUCUGUCCACCAAAUAUUCGGGAUAUCUUUCCCAAGGAGCAUAUCACACCCAUGGAGACUGUUAUCAAGGCUUUUGAUACGUUCUUGGAUGAUGAUAAGAUGACGGGACAGACAGUGGAGUUGUCGCUCGAUGAGCUGCAUUUCAGGAAGCAGGUGGAUUAUCCGAAUGAGAGUCAGAGGUGGAUUGGUACGCAGUCUGCGGCGUUGUGGGAUCAGGCUUAUGAGAAGCCGCCUGCGAGGCCACAGUCGUAA